AUGCCGACUCUUCUUAGAUCUAUCCUGACCCUCUCGGCCUUGACCGUGGCUUACGGCAAGCCCCAGACUGGCCAAGGUCCUGUCCUGGCUCCAACAGGGCUGAAGAAGCUCACGGUUGGUGUCCUCGGAGACUUCGGCUGGACAGGAUGGGAGCCCGCCAACGAGCAUUUCUGCAACAACGUCAUGCCUGUUUUGCAAGCCCAAAACCUGACAAUCCCACGUUCUGUGCAAAAUGACUGCGAUGCCGGUGACCGCAGCUAUCUCAUCAAUGCCACUGCCCUGCAAGAAUCCACUGCGACCUACAUCGCCGAUGUCUGUGCCAAUAAAGAUUGCAAAGCCUUCCUCUCCGUCGGAGACAAUUUCUAUGACAGCGGUGUCGACUUUACUACUACCGGAAUCAACCGUUUCCAAGAGGCCUGGGUCGACAUGUACUCACAGGGCGUCUUUGAAAAUGCCCCCUGGUACCAGUGCCUGGGUAAUCACGAUAUCGUCUACGGGCAAUCCGGAGUUGAUUUCGAGACCAAGAUCGCACCCCUGUACGAUGACCGCUGGUAUUUCGGAACUCAGAAGCUUCCUUAUUACACCUACGACUUUGUUGGUGCUGAUUGGACUGCUACCUUUGUCGUCGUCGACUCGGACUGCUUCAUCAACUCGUAUCAGAAGGAUAGCUCUGUGUACAAGAACCCAUACACCACCGCCUGCCACAAAACCACCCAGACGCAGGUGGACUUCUUGGCCAAGGCAUUUUCCGAGUCCAAGGCCGACUGGAAGUUCCUGCAGUUGCAUCACGGCUACAUGUCCUCUAGCGGAAAUUACACUGAGCUUGAUCCUCUCAUCUCUAUUGUCAAGAACCACAACGGUAUUGUUCUGAACGGUCACGAUCACUGCACCGCCCAUUACUACAACAACAAUACCAACUUCGUCCUGUCCGGUGGUGCUGGCUACCCCCAAGCCGGCGAUUGCAACAACGGUGUAUCCUUGGGCCCAUUUACCAAGUUCCUUGGUGCCAAUUCACAGGCUGCUGCGAAUGGAUUUGUUACUCUGGACAUCACUGCCGACGAGCUGGUUUUUGAGUACUAUCUCCGCGAUAUGAAGUUUGACGGUGGCGAUUUGUUCCCUGUCAAGAACGACAUGAAGCCCCAAUACUCUUUCACCGUUUCGGAGCAUGCCAAGUAA